CAUGGAUGGACGGAUAGGGACACACAUUCAUCCGCCUGCACAGCCUGAGCGUAUUCAUGCACCUUCCUCCCGCCCCUCCUUGCCCCUCCCCCAGAACCCUUAUAGCCGCAUCCUGCAAAGAAAAACCCCAGACUCCUGUGAAUGCAGCUGAGGAUGUGCGUGGGGGCCUGUGCCCUCCUGCUUCUGGGGCUGGUGCUUGGUGCCACGGCUGGGCACAACUGUGUUGGGGACACCUAUUAUAACGGCCACAUGUGCUGUCAUGACUGCCAACCAGGUAACAGGAUGGUGAGGCGCUGCAAAGGCACCAUGGACAGUGUGUGCCGUCCAUGUAACCCUGGUUUCUACAAUGAAGCUGUCAACUAUGAGGACUGCAAGCCGUGUACACACUGCAACCAGAAAAGCGGGAGUGAAAUGAAGCAGAAUUGCACGGUCACGCAGGACACUGUCUGCCAGUGCAGGCCUGGCACCCAGCCCCUGGAUGGCUUCAAGCAUGGAGUUGACUGCAAGCCAUGCCCUCCUGGAUCUUUCUCCCUGGGCAGCAAUCAGGCCUGUAAGCCGUGGACCGACUGUGCCUCAGCGGGGAAGCAGACCCUAAAGCAAGGCAGCAGCAGUUCAGAUGCCAUCUGUGAAGAUAGGAGUCCCCUGGUCACUCUGUUGUGGGAGACGCAGGGUCCCACGGCUAGGCCUACCAAGGCCCGGCCCACCGUGGCCCAGUCCACCACAUCCAGACCCAUUGUGGCCUGGGCCAGAACUUCUCAGGGGCCCUUCAUGCCACCCCCGGAGGCCCCCAGAGAACCGGUGUUGGCUGCCAUCCUAGGCCUGGGUCUGGGCCUGGGCCUGCUGGUCCCCUUGGCUGCACUGCUGGUCCUGUACCUGUACCGAAGGGCCUGGAUGCCACCUGGUACUCCCAAGCCCCCUGGGGGAGCAAGCUUCCGGAAGCCCAUCCAAGAGGAGCAGGCUGAUGCACACUGUACCCUGGCCAAGAUCUGAGCAGCGUGGAGGGCUUCGUGGGCAGGGUACCCCUGGUGCAGGCCGCCUACCUGUGUCCUCUGCGCCGUUCUAGGUGCUGGGCUGGCUCUGGGUGUUUCUAUGUAUGUUGUGCAUACUACCCACCCAGAUGGUGCUCCAAUAAACUUGUCGGUGACCUCUGCCCUCACCCUCCUUGGCUGGGGCAGGGUCUCAGAUGAGGGCAGGA